UCUAUCUCUUUCUUUCUGCAUCUUAUUCUACCUCCUUUUUUUUCAUAAAAAUUUCAAACACACUUAUCUCUCUCUCUCUUCCUCCUUUGUCACUAAAAAUCUCUCUCUAUCUUUCUCUCUCUAUUCAUACACACCCACAUAUAUCUUCUUCCCCCAUUUCCUUUUCUAGGGUUCCUCAUUAAUCAAGCUCCAUUAAAGCUCAAAUCGCGCAUUUUAGGGGUUGUUUGGAUUGUUAGAUAUCUAAAAAGGGUGAAUUUUGCAUGUGGGGUUGAUAGAUUUAAUUCACCUUCUCAUCACAUCUUCAGUCUUUCACCCACCAAGAUUAUAUAUUAGAUUCUCUUGAAGAAGUACCUACAUAAGAGCAAGUCCAUAGCACAAAAACACAAACAAAGCUAAGAGAGAAUAAAUAAUAACCAAACUAAUCCAAUAAUAAAAUCUAAAAAAAAUCAGCUUCUUCUCUUAUUUUCUUCAAAAAAAAAAAAAAAAAAAGCUUCAUAUAUAUUAAAAAUGGCGGCAUCUUCAUCUUCCUCAGCCUUCUUUGGAGGUAGAGAAGGCGAUGCGAUGAAGCUUACGCAUCAUCAGCAUCAACAACAACAACCACCACCGCAACAACCACCACAACUACAACCACAACAGCCACAGCUACAGCUACAACAACAGCAUUCUUUGGCGGUGCCGCCACCUUCUUCAUCAGCACCGCCAACAAAUCCUCAACAAAAGAAGAAGAGAAGCCUUCCUGGAACUCCAAGCAAGUAUCCAGACGCGGAGGUGAUAGCAUUAUCACCCAAGACAUUAAUGGCAACAAAUCGCUUCAUAUGCGAAGUUUGUAACAAAGGAUUUCAAAGAGAGCAAAAUCUUCAGCUUCAUAGAAGAGGGCACAACUUGCCUUGGAAGUUGCGACAAAAGACAAAGAAUGAAAUAGUGAAGAAGAAAGUGUACUUAUGCCCUGAACCAACUUGUGUACACCAUGACCCAGCUCGAGCCCUUGGAGACCUUACUGGCAUCAAGAAACACUACUCUCGCAAGCAUGGAGAGAAGAAAUUCAAGUGUGAAAAAUGUAGCAAGCGUUAUGCUGUUCAGUCUGAUUGGAAGGCUCAUUCUAAAACCUGUGGUACUCGCGAGUAUAGAUGUGAUUGUGGCACCCUUUUUUCGCGGAGGGAUAGCUUUAUAACUCACAGAGCAUUUUGUGAUGCACUAGCACAAGAGAGUGCAAGACAUCCAACUAGCUUAGCCACCUUAGGAAGCCACUUAUUUGGAUCUUCUGGUGCUACUAUUGGUGGUAAUAAUAGUAACAAUAACAUGGGUUUAGGAGUUGGACUGUCUCAUCAAAUGGCCAACCACCAUCUUCCAACUUCCCUUUCCGAUCAAAUGACGUCCGACAUCCUCCGCCUCGGCGGUGGAGGCCGAGGCAUGGGGACCGGGCAGUUCGACCACCUCCUCGGCCCGAAUUCGUUCCGGCAACAACCCAACAUGCAGCAAUCUCAGGCCAACUUUUACUUGUCUGACCAAAGUGGUGGGCCUAACCACUAUGCUAAUACUAGUACUACUAAUAAUGAUCAAGAAAAUCAGUCCCAAAAUGCUGGUGGUGGAAUCUUCUCCAACAAGCUAUUCCCCGGGCAGCUGCCCGUCCAUGACCUAGGGUUUUUCUCCAAUAAUAAUAAUAACAAUGAAAAUACAAACACAAUCAACACCAGCAAUAACACCAAUGGAAGUGGGGACCACAGUGGUCUUUUUUCCCCUACAGGUAGUGGUAGUCUUUUUGGUGGACAACCUUCUGGUGGUGGCCUAUCAUCCCUUUACACCACCGGACCCGCCCUCCAAGCUAGCCCUCACAUGUCCGCCACCGCCCUCCUCCAGAAGGCGGCUCAGAUGGGAUCCACAACCUCUACCAACAACGCUAGUGCCACCGCCCUAUUAAAAGGGCUAGACACUAAGCCAAUAACACAACAACAAUCAAUUUCAAACCCGCCCCCAACAAGUGGUGGGGGCGGGUAUGCAGGGUUAUUUGGAGAAAAUGACCAAAAUAACCUUCAUGAAUUACUCAUGAGGGAUAACCUAAUGAAUAACCCUUUCUUUGGACAAGAUCAUCAAACUGGUGCUACAGGAGAUCACAAUAGUAAUUAUGGAGGGUUUAACCCUAAUAAAUCCGGGCUCGGAGUCGGAUCAUCGGAUAGAUUGACAAGGGAUUUUCUUGGUGUAGGAGAGAUUGUUAGAAGCAUGAGUGGUGGAGGGUUUACUGCAAAUUCACAAAACAUGGCAUCAUUAGAUAAUGUUGCUGAUCAUCAAAGAAAUAAUAGUACAACAGCAGCAAAUAAUAACAGUACUUUGAAUAAUUCUGCACCUUCUUCAAGUAGCCAAGCUUUUGGUGGCGGAAAUAAUUUUUAGCGACUUUGGUAAAUCAAGGGUAAAAAACAAGUUUUUUACAGCAGAAAUCAAGUACAGGUUUUAGGUUUUGUAUGACAUAUUUGCCUCCUAUCUUAAAGAACUAAAGGCUAGGUCGUAGCUCUGAGUUCAGAUUGGUUUUGUUUGCUGACCACCAGAAAUUCACAAUUUCAUCAGUAGAUAGGCUACCGAAGUUGAUGCUGAGGCUGUUUGAUGAUGCUAUAAGAGAGGCUGAUUAAUCAAUUUUCGAAUCAAGUAGUUGAUAGAUUUUUGGUUUUGAUUAGCAUUAUAGACUUUGUGUUACUUAGCUACCUCAUGUUUAUGGUAAAUGUGAAUGAAAAAUCUCAAAUGUUUAGUAUAAAGUAGAAGAGUACAAUUUCUUCUAGUUCAAGAGAGAAUUUUGCUUUGAAAUGAAGUCUUUGGAGUAUAGUUUGAUGUGAUUAGUUUGGUAUAUAUAGUUUCAUUUUGUUAA